AUGGUGUCCCGGGCCAAACGACGGGCCUUGGGGAACGGAGCCCCGUGGCCUCCCGGAGACCCCAUCCGGCACGACGAAGAAGAAGGGGAGGAUGAAGUCGAGGAUGAAGACGAAGACGAUGAGGAUAGUGACGAAGAAGAGGACGAAGACGAGGUCCUUGAUGAGGAAGUGAAUAUUGAAUUUGAAGCUUAUUCCAUCUCAGAUAAUGAUUAUGAUGGAAUUAAGAAAUUACUGCAGCAGCUUUUCCUAAAGGCUCCUGUGAACACUGCAGAACUAACAGAUCUCUUAAUUCAACAGAACCAUAUUGGAAGUGUGAUUAAGCAAACAAAUGUUUCAGAAGACAGCGAUGAUGAUGAUGCAGAUGAAGAUGAAAUUUUUGGUUUCAUAAACCUUUUAAAUUUAACUGAAAGAAAGGGUACCCAGUGUGCUGAACAAAUUAAAGAGUUGGUUCUAAGCUUCUGUGAGAAGAACUGUGAAAAGAGUGUGGUUGAACAGCUGGACAAGCUUUUAAAUGACACCACCAAGCCUGUGGGCUUUCUCCUAAGUGAAAGAUUCAUUAAUGUCCCUCUUCAGAUUGCUCUGCCCAUGCACCAGCAGCUUCAGAAAGAACUAGUAGAGUCACACAAAACUAAUAAGCCAUGUGGGAAGUGUUCUUUCUACCUUCUGAUUAGUAAGACAUUUGUGGAAGCAGGAAAAUCCAAUUCCAAAAAGAAAUGGAGCAACCAGAAGGAUGAAUUAAUGUUUGUAAAUGCAGAGGAAGAGUUUUUUUAUGAGAAGGCAGUCCUGAAGUUCAACUACUCAGUGCAAGAGGAGAGCGACACUUGCCUGGGAGGCAGGUGGUCUUUUGAUGAUAUACCAUUGAAGCCCUUGCGAACUGUGAUGUUAAUUCCAGACAGCAAGAUGAGUGAAAUUAUGGAUAAACUGAAAUAUCAUCUAUCUAUCUAG